AUGGGUAUGCUUUCAGGGUUUCUUAAGCUUAUCCUUCUCCAUGGGAUGUUUCUUGGGUUGGCUCAAGGCAAAGUCCAUUACCAUGAAUUUGUUCUGAAGGAGGCUAACUUUACAAGGUUGUGUGAAACCAAGAGCAUGUUGGUUGUGAAUAACAGUUUUCCAGGACCUGUCAUUCGUGUAACAAAAGGGGACACCGUAUAUGUUAAUGUCCAGAAUCAAGGAAACUAUGGUCUUACUAUUCACUGGCAUGGAGUGCAUCAACCAAGAAACUCAUGGUCAGAUGGUCCAGAGUACAUUACACAAUGCCCGAUUGAACCUGGAUCAAACUUUACUUAUGAGAUCAUAUUUUCGGAUGAAGAAGGAACACUUUGGUGGCAUGCACAUAGUGAUUGGACACGACAUAGUGUUCAUGGUGCAAUUGUUAUUUUGCCGAAAGAGGAAACCGGUUAUCCAUUCCCACAACCGGAUAGAGAAGAAAUUCUUGUAUUUGGAUCUUGGUAUAAGGGCGAUGUGAAUAAGGAAGUUAAUGAGGACCUCGAAACUGGUAAUGUCACUCCUCAAUCAAAUGCUUACACUAUCAAUGGCCAACCGGGAGAUCUGUGCCCAUGCUCUAAUGAAAGUACAUACCGCUGGCAAGUAGAACAUGGCAAGACCUAUCUUCUUCGUUUAGUCAGUGCAGUCAUGAAUGUAGAAAUCUAUUUUGCAAUUGCUCAACAUAACCUCACUGUGGUAGGAAUGAGUGGAUCAUAUGUUAAGCCCAUACUCACUGAUGUUGUCAUGAUAUCCCCAGGACAAACAAUGGAUGUUUUGGUCACAGCUAACCAACCUCUUGGUCGUUAUUACAUGGCUGCUAGACAAUAUGAUAGUAUUAGGCAAGGUGUCAAAAACUAUGACAAAGUGAAUGUCACAGCAAUUCUUGAAUAUAGAGGCAACUACACUCCCUCAGUGAGUCCAAGUUUUCCAAACAAUCUCCCAACCUAUGCAGACUUCAGUCCUGCAAUAGAAUUCAUGAAACGUAUUAGGAGCUUAGCAAAUAAAGAUCAUCCGAUAAAUGUCCCCCAAAACAUAACUACUAGAAUGUAUGUAACAGCUUCCGAGAACAAUGUUCUCGUUGACUUGGGGGGAGAAAAUGUAACUGCUCUUGCUUCGAGCCUAAACAACAUUAGUUGGGUUAACCCUACCACAGAUGUACUACUUGCCUAUUACAGGAACAUAAGUGGGAUUUUCACCGCAGAUUUUCCAGACAAUCCACCUUCAUUUUUCAACUUCACUGAAGAUGAUUCUCCGGAUGACACAACUCUGUCUGUUCAGGGGACCAAGGUAAAGAUGCUGAAUUAUAAUGAAGAGGUGGAGAUAGUGUUUCAAGGUACUAAUUUGCUAGAUGUAUCGAUGGAUCACCCAAUGCAUCUUCAUGGGUACUCCUUCUAUGUGAUAGGCUCGGGUUAUGGGGUCUUUGAUAUUGAGACUGACCCAAAAGGCUACAAUUUUGAUGAUCCACCUAAGUUGAACACUGUUACACUCCCUAAGAAUGGAUGGGUUGCCAUAAGAUUCAAAGCAAGUAAUCCUGGAGUAUGGUUAUGGCAUUGUCAUUAUGAACGACAUUUAAGUUGGGGUAUGAGCAGUGUCUUUAUAGUGAAAAAUGGUGGGACACCGGAGACGAGUAUACGCGAACCCCCACCUUACUUGCCUCCUUGUAAGGAUUCAUUUACCAGUAGGCUCCUACAAUACGAGAACUUAGAUGGGAAUAGACUGAAUAAGAUUGAUUAGUUAGACAUCACUUAAAAAGUAUUUGCUAAGCUUACAACUUGAGGCAGUGUUAUAAUUUCUCUAAAUAGUUUUCAAGUAAGAAUUCAAGUGCCUGUCUUUGGAAGUUUAAAUGUUGUUUUGAACUAUUUUGUUAAGUAUUGUAAUGUGUCUUGUAAGUUGUAUUUGUCUUGUAAGAUGCAUGUGUUUUAAGUAGUGGAGGUUGCAAUGAAUAUAAAAAGUGUUGUAAUUGUAUUAAUUUAUUUUCUUGUAUUUGUGAAAUUUAUUUGUAAUGAGUUUAGUAUUAAGUUGGUGAAAAUUGCUCAAGAAGUUGAUCUCGUAACUUGGCUUGCAAGUGGUGCAACUCAUGAAGGUCACAUGAGGAGCACAUGCCAAUAGCUGAAGAGUCAGUGAGUUUCGUGACUCAUCUUGCAACUUGGCCAACUCGCAAGAUGACCCGCGAAAUGCACUAAUUAGCUGGAUUUUAAGUGUGACCUUUCCUCUUCUUUACCCUACUAUAUAUACUCUUAUUACCCACAAAAUUCCAAAGAGACUAUUCAGAAGAAAAUCCUAGAGAGGUCUUUACAACACACCCACCCUUGUUUAAAGAGAGCAACUCAUCCUUAAGUGAGAAUACCUUUGUAGUCUCUUCUCUUUCCCCUCUCCCAUUGUUAUACCUUGAGAGGAGAUUUGUACCCAAAUAUAACUCACAUCUAUUCAAAGUAUAGAGAGUAUUUUGGAGCUUGGGAAGCAUUUGAGAUUUGCCAAAAGAAGCUGGUGAGGCUUGGCGGAUGCAAUCGGGUGGUAUUGUGAGAUCUGGAUAACUAGCGAAGACAAGAUUCCGAGAAAUCCAUUGGUAGCUGGAGCUUGGAGGGUUUAAGUACAUUGAAUAGAUUAGGCUUAGA